ACUAUCUUUGCUUUGAUCUAGCCAAUGAUAUCGAUACCUGCCCAUCACUAACUGCAGUAACUGCAGUCUUCGGCCGCGCGCGCCAAAUGUAAAUUUCGCGUCCAAACUCCUAUCGCAAACCCAAAUUCAUAAUAUAAAUUCUAGACUAGGCAUGCUAAUCUAGCUUAGCCUACCUCUAGGCUAGAAUCAACGUCACCCAGCAGUCCAAGAUCAGACUUAUCAGAGCCAGCUGUCAUCUUCGUUAGGCCUAGGCCUACCUCGAUUUUCAGUUUGACCUGUCGGUUGAAGACCUCGACUCGUCACUCGUCAGUAACCAAGCCCAAGUGCCAGGUAGUUCUAAAAGUGGGAAGUAUGACGUCAACGAAGCUGAAUAUUGUUGUUGCAGUCUGUACAAAUAUGGGCAUUGGUAUUGAAGGGCGUUUACCUUGGCGCCUGAAACAGGACAUGGCAUUUUUCAAGCAACUCACGGUUGAGACACAAGAUGAACAAAAAAAGAACAUGGUGAUAAUGGGAAAGAAAACGUGGAUGUCGAUACCAACGAAAUUCCGUCCUCUUCAAGACAGAGUGAAUGUUGUUCUGAGCACUCAGCUGACGGAACCACCCUCAGGAGCACUUCUAGCUUCAAGUCUAAAGGAGGCAGUUAAUCUGGCAAAGUCUGAUGCUAAUGUGGAAAAUGUUUUUGUUAUUGGUGGUGCCUCUGUCUACAGGGAAGCUGUUGAAGGUGACUGUCCUUGUAGGAUUUACCUCACUCGUGUUGACAAAGAGUUCGAAUGUGACACGUUUUUCCCCAAGUUUGAUACAGAUGUCUUUAAAAGAAUUCAAAAUCCCAAUAAUGUACCCACUGGCAUAAAUGUGGAAGGCGACUUAUCCUUUACAUUUGAAGUAUAUGAGAAAAAUUUAUUUCCACAUUGAUCUUUUAUUUAUUUAUUCUUUUUUUUUUACUGCUUCCUUCCUCUCCCUUUUUGUCUUUGUCUUUUCUUUCAUUGAUUUUUCAGAGAAUCGGUCGUAGAAGCUCAAUGUUAUGAAACAAUAAUUUGUUUGCUUAUCUGUAGUCUCCGCCUAAGAUCCCAGUGCUCGGGAGCAAGGAAAUGCGGGAUCUUAGGCGAACCGGGAUCUUAACCGA